AUGUUGUCAAAAUUCCAUCCUCGUCGAAUAGUUGUUAAACUACUUUUAUUACUAACCAUUGCAUAUACCAUUCUUGUAUCAUUGAAACUGAUUAUAACUAAACCAAGUUUACAACAAUAUCGUAAACUACUUAAUCAACAAUUUACUCAUAAAUAUAAUCAAAUUUAUUACAAUUUUCUUGCAUCUAAUUACGAUUUAGCUAAUGACACCAAAUUCAAUAAACAAUUGAGUAUAAUACGACAAGAUGCUGUUGAAGAAGAUAGAGGGGGUAAUGAACUUUGGAUGUUGAAUGAAGAAAUUACAAACAAUUUACCAUUAACUGUUGCCAUACCAUCGUAUUUCACAUCACAACAGCAACAACCACUACUGCUGGAACUAAAUGAUGGUGGUGCUUCUUCUCCACCGCUUGUUCACAAGUUUGAUCCUAGAUUCACAUUUGGCGCUUAUUAUCAAUAUAUCGCAAGAACAUCACCACCAUCUACAGACUCAUCAUCUGACUUGGUUGUACCAUUUCAUUGGUCAGAUUGGGUUGAUUUAUCCAUACUCGAUAAAUAUAUCAACACUUACCCCAAGACUGACUUGUGUACAACAUUAUUUGAUAUAUCAACUAAAGAAGAUCUCAUCAAAGGCUCAAAACUUCGUAAAGUUGAAGAAUAUUGUCAGUUUAAUCCAGUUGAUGAAACAGCAUCACAAACUUUUCCUUCUUUGGGAUUCAAAAUCACUGACCAACCAGGUCCACAAUCCAUACCUAAUCGUGAACUCAUUGGUCGUGCAUACUUGUUUGAUACAGCACCUUCACCCAAGAAGUUGAUUUUCUUGACUAAUAAUGGAUCAUAUCAAGUUGAUGUACACAAUCCACUGGAAAAUAAUUUCAACAAUUCAUUACUUCGUAAUGGUAUGAUUGAUACUUUACCAGUAGAUAGUUUUAACGUAGUGGAGGAUUACAAGUAUUUACAAUCGCACAAGCCAGAAACUUUUCAACAACAACAACAACAACAACAACAACAACGUGUGUCAGGUUCAUCACGUCAUGAAUUACCCAUCCCACAAUCGGAUUUCCAUAAUGAUCCAGAAUCAGCAAUCAAUGCAAUGAAACGUAGACAACAGGAAACAAAGUUGUCGUUAAUGGAGCAAGACUAUCUCGAUUCAAUUAUAUUCAGUCACAAUUGUAACAAUCCACCAAAGUAUUUUUAUGAAGCUAAACUUCUUAAAUCGAUUCCAGAUGAUUGGCAAGGUGAACAUUAUGAUUGGCGUUUUUUCCAAGGUAUCACAUUAGAUUCACCAGAGAAUGCCAUCAUUUUACAUCGUUUAAUCAAGAAUUAUCUCAAUUUUGCUCGUAUUCAUGGAAUCACCACUUGGAUAGCUCAUGGUUCCUUACUCGCUUGGUACUGGAAUGGGAUUGCUUUCCCAUGGGAUGGUGAUAUCGAUGUACAAGUGCCCGUUUCUGAAUUGUACAAGUUGGGUCAAUAUUUUAAUCAAACUAUGGUUAUUGAAAAUGGGGUAGACUCUGUUGGUAAAUUUGAUGGCUUUGGUCGUUAUUUUGUUGAUAUUGGGUCCUCUAUAACGCAUCGUGUAAGAGGUAAUGGAAACAAUGCCAUUGAUGGUAGAUUUAUUGAUGUUGAUACUGGAUUAUACAUUGAUAUUACUGGAUUAGCAUUAACUGACGCUCCAUCACCAGACAGGUACGAUUUGAUUGUUCCCUUGUUGGAUAAAGAACAACAAAUUGUUUUAAACAAUGCCAAAACCGUGGAUAGCGAAGGCUCAUUGAAAAAGAAUUAUUCCGUGAUUAAUCGUGAAUUACAAUUGUACAAUUGUCGAAAUCAACAUUUCACCUCGUAUCAAGAAUUAUCACCAUUAAUUACAUCAAUUUCGGAAAACCAAAUUGCAUACAUCCCCAAAAACUUUAUGAUGAUUUUAAAUGAUGAAUACAAUCUCAAUGCACUAUCAAGAAAACAGCAUCGUAAAUAUACCUAUUUGAACAAUUUACGAAUUUGGUUCACCACUAAAAUCAUAAAGCAAUAUGCUCACAUGGCCAAUGUUGAUUCUGAAGGAUACGAUUUCAAAUCUUGGAAACAAUUGAAUUCAUUGACAAAGGAGGAUCAUUUACAAUUGUUGGCUCAAAAUGUAAACUUGUUGCAAGAAUGGGAAUUGACAAAGAAUUUCACCCAUUUGCAUCAAUGUGAAAUGGAAUUGAUAUAUGAUGGGAAAGUUGAUAAAGCUGGUGAAUUGAUUAAAGAGAAUGUUGCCAAAGGUGAUGGUGUGGGAAAAGCUUUGAGAGCUGAUUACUUUAUGCAUAAAUUGAUCAUGAGUGGUGCGGGAACACAAUAG